AAAUUGUAAUCAUUCUGAUCCAAUAUUGCGAUUUGCGAACCAUCAAAUUCUUUUUCCCAUCUCUUUUAGGUCCUUUCAACAUUUCUGCUCUGCCCACCGGAUCCGAUUGCACUACAUUCUCCACCCAAUUCAGCUUCACCUCUCUUCUCCUCCACGGCAGUUAUACGAAUUUCAAAUAUAAGAUUUUAAUAGUUCAUUUUUGUCCAAGCACCACAAGUGGAGAAUGAGCCAAAGGUAUGGAGCGUAAUAAUGUGCAUGAAAUACCAUGUUGAAGUGCUUAGAAGGGAUCAGGCAUUUGUGUGCUUCUGUGCUUCAGUGUUGUGAAAUCGAUAGGCAAUCGAGGGGCCUAGAGGAUCCUGAAAUUCUUGCGCGAGAGACAGUGUUUAGUGUAAGUGAAAUUGAAGCACUUUAUGAGCUUUUCAAGAAGAUCAGCAGUGCUGUGAUUGAUGACGGGCUGAUCAACAAGGAAGAAUUUCAACUCGCAUUGUUCAAGACGAACAAAAAGGAGAGUUUGUUUGCAGAUCGGGUUUUUGACUUGUUUGACACUAAACAUAAUGGAAUUCUUGGCUUUGAGGAGUUUGCUCGUGCGCUAUCCGUAUUCCAUCCUAAUGCUCCUAUUGAUGACAAGAUUGAAUUUUCUUUUCAAUUGUAUGAUCUCAAACAACAAGGUUUUAUUGAGAGGCAAGAGGUAAAACAAAUGGUGGUUGCCACUCUUGCUGAAUCUGGUAUGAACUUGUCAGAUGAAGUUAUUGAGAGCAUUAUUGACAAGACAUUUGAGGAAGCUGAUACAAAGCAUGAUGGUAAAAUUGAUAAAGAGGAGUGGAGAAGUUUAGUCUUGCGGCAUCCAUCUCUUUUGAAAAAUAUGACGCUUCAGUAUCUCAAGGAUAUUACCACCACAUUCCCAAGCUUUGUUUUUCAUUCAAGAGUUGAGGAUACCUGAAGUUGGAAGAAAACCCUGCUGUUCAUGUUUAGUUUUGGCUUGUUACUUCAUAUCUUGUCUGUUUUCAGGAAGACUUUGUGGAUUGGAUUGAGUUGUGAUGUUUUUGUUUUGGAGAUGAAUAAGAGCAGUAACUGGUUGGAUGUA